AAACGGCUCUCCUAUAAACAUACAAUCUCAACCUUCUGUCUUCCAAUUUCACCUUCAAAGUUUUCAGUUUUCUUCACCAAUACUCCAAACCCUCACUUCAAUUUUCUCUCUCUUCUCCAAGUCUCUAACCUCCUCAAGAAUGGCGGCAUCAGCCAUGGUGCUAGACCCAAAACCAAUACCACCACCACCAUCAUCAUCUUCCGAACCACCACCAGCACUCUCACUAACCUCAUCAGAUGAUUCGUCUUCUCCCGAAGAAGAAGAUCUUUACGGCCGAUUGAAAUCCCUAGAAAGGCAAAUCGAAUUCAUGGACAUACAAGAAGAAUACGUCAAAGACGAGCUUAAAAAUCUCAAAAGAGAGCUACUCAGAGCUCAAGAAGAGGUCAAGAGGAUUCAAUCGGUGCCGCUUGUGAUUGGUCAGUUCAUGGAAAUGGUGGACCAGAAUAAUGGGAUUGUUGGGUCUACUACUGGGAGUAAUUACUAUGUUAGGAUUCUAAGUACUAUUAAUCGUGAGUUGCUUAAGCCUUCAGCGUCGGUUGCGCUUCACCGGCAUUCCAAUGCGCUAGUUGAUGUUCUUCCACCGGAGGCUGAUUCCAGUAUUUCGCUUUUGAGUCAGUCGGAGAAGCCUGAUGUCAAUUAUAACGACAUUGGAGGAUGUGACAUUCAAAAGCAGGAAAUUCGUGAAGCAGUUGAGCUACCUUUGACUCAUCAUGAACUGUACAAGCAGAUAGGUAUUGAUCCUCCCAGGGGUGUGUUGCUUUAUGGCCCUCCCGGAACUGGAAAGACAAUGCUUGCAAAAGCUGUUGCAAAUCAUACUACUGCUGCUUUCAUUAGAGUUGUUGGCUCUGAGUUUGUUCAGAAGUACUUGGGUGAGGGUCCUAGAAUGGUUCGUGAUGUAUUUCGCCUUGCUAAAGAGAAUGCACCAGCAAUUAUCUUUAUUGAUGAGGUGGAUGCUAUUGCUACUGCUAGGUUUGAUGCUCAGACUGGUGCAGAUAGGGAGGUUCAGCGUAUCCUCAUGGAACUGUUGAAUCAGAUGGAUGGGUUUGACCAAACAGUGAAUGUUAAGGUUAUAAUGGCAACUAAUCGAGCGGACACUCUUGAUCCUGCAUUGCUACGACCUGGAAGGCUAGACAGGAAAAUCGAAUUUCCUUUGCCUGAUAGACGGCAAAAGCGACUUGUUUUUCAGGUUUGCACUGCCAAGAUGAACUUGAGUGAUGAGGUUGACUUGGAGGAUUAUGUUUCUCGUCCAGACAAGAUUAGUGCUGCUGAGAUAUCUGCAAUUUGUCAAGAAGCAGGCAUGCAUGCUGUGCGUAAGAAUCGCUAUGUUAUUUUGCCGAAGGAUUUUGAAAAGGGUUAUCGAUCGAAUGUGAAGAAGCCUGACACAGACUUCGACUUCUACAAGUGAUAGUCCUGGGUGUAGCCUGCUAAGAAUGAGCCUGCUUUAUUGUUCAUGGUUUAGAAAUAUUGUUGGGAACAUGUACGAUGUAAUUUUAAGAGUUGAAUUGUGGGAUCUAUAGUUCACAUUUGUUCGGAGUUAAAGGACCUGAACCUCUAAAAGUUUAGCUUCAAAGGCUUGUGUUGCAACUUGCAGACACCGUUUACUUUUUCCAA